GUCUGAACCCUGAAAUACCUUUGUAUCUUCGUACCUGAAGACGUAUUCUAUCAUGAACUUUGUCUCCGAGAAAAUCUUCCUAUUAUCAACUAUUUCCAUACCUCUCGCAUAGCCCUACUUUGGCCGACACUAAUCUACGGCAGCAUAUUGCGGCUACCCUCGCGGCCUCUAUUCAGAUUCUCUUUUUCUGCUCCCAAACCUUUAUCAUCCUUAUUUUCACUUUCACGGAGCCUACUUCAUCUUAAAACAACGACCGUUGAAUCUCAAAGUUAGACAUGCCUGAUCUUCGUCGUCAGGUCUUGGAGAGCGGCAAGACCAUCUCUCGGAAAGCAGCUUCGCGUGAAGGUUCUCGUCGGACUUCACGCACAAACUCUGCUCAAAAUUCCCACCAAUCUUCUCGAAACGCAAGCAGGAAUCCAUCCGACGAGGAAGACGCUGGGAACCUCAGUGAUGACACCGCGUUGAGCAUUGGCUCGCUGGACGAUUUGACUGAUAACCCUGAGGUUGACAACAACAAUUGGGCUCAAGAGCUUGGUGACGUCAUUCAAGAUAUCUUGGAUCGCAAACGUAGCAGCGUACUGAGUCGCGAAGAAUGCUACGCUGCAUUCUGUCGUCUGUUGAAGUGUCACUAUGUCGAGGAACACGUUCGAAGCAGCGUCAACGACCUUUUGGGCGCCUUUUGCCGGAGCAUCAAAUUUGAAUCCAGUGUGCGUGAGACUACCUUAGCAUUGCGAGCGCUUGAGCUCCUUGUCAUCACUGCGUUCGACGACGCCAUUUAUGAAAAUGUAGAACCAACACUUACUCGUACUAUUCGAGACUCGACAUCCAACCUUGUUAAGGCUGCCGCCAUUCAUUGUCUAGCCGCAUGCACUAUCUUCGGGGGUGCAGGAGAGGACGGGAUUCUAGACCAAAUGACGUUCUUCCUAGACAUUGCAGCUUCUGAUGGGCAGUCAAUUGAUGCUGCCGACGACCCGAGCAGUGUCACCGCGGCUCUUCAGGAAUGGGGUGUUUUGGCCGUUGAAAUAGAAGACCUCGAAGGUGAAAGCGAAGAUGCAAUUCAAAUCUUCAUGGAUCAGUUAAACAGCAGUGAAUCACCUGUCCAAAUCGCAGCAGGUGAAAACAUCGCAUUACUGUACGAGAAGAGUUACACCCCCCAAGAGGACGACGACGACGAGGAUAGCGAGCACGAGUCGGACAAUGAAUCUUUGGACGACCGACAGGGCCCUAAAUUGAUUAAGCGCUACGAUGCAUACCAUAAUACUCACGAGCUUGAGCAGCAACUGCAUUCACUAGCCACAGUACAUAACAAACGCAUCAGUAAGAAAGAUAAAAAGAACCUACACAGCAAUUUUGUCUCGAUUUUGACCACGGUUGAGGACCCUCGUCGAGGUCCAAUGUACAACACAGCCAUCGAUCAAGACACCAAUCGACAUUACGGCAGCAAGCUCACUGUGAAGGUCGGCCGCCAGGGUGUGAUGAACAUCGACCGGUGGUGGAAAUGGAUCCGGCUGAACUCACUCCGCCGGAUUCUUCAGGGGGGCUUUGCGGUGCAUUACUAUCAGGGCAACCGAGCUGUGUUGGACAGCCUCCCGGUCAUGGUUCGUCAGCACACGCCUGCUGACCGCGGGGCAGCAAAGAAGACUGCGAAGUCGCGGAAUAGUCGACGGUGGGCUUUCCAUGGGCAGUCGGACGAAGAAUAUUAGUUUCAAUUGGUCAGCUUUCGUGUUAGCAUUUCGGGUCAACUGGUUUAAACAUACAUCAUACACAAAGAUGCGUAAUGAAUCAUGUUGGCUAUGUUCUCAAUCGGUUUUGUUAAUGUAUAUUCAUCCCCUCUGUUUAUUUGGCUAGUUUGAUUUGCAGGCAAUUCUACCUAGUAGAUUACUUGACGGAAGAUUUUGUUCGGAUCAAUAGGGCCUUUAUCCUAUAGGUAUACUAUCUACGAGGUAUAAUUGUCUUUGCCUUCGAGGACGUUGUACGACAAUAUAGAUAGCUGAAUAUAGGACACACAUGGC